CAGCACCUUCUGUGCCCAACUCUCCCAAGAGAUGAGCCCAUCAUGUCCCUCCCUGACUCCCAAUACUCUCAGUCCUCUUACUAUGCUUUCACCAGCACCCAUGCCCCUUAUAUAAACACAUCUAUCUUCCUCUGGACGCUUAUGACCACUUCCUUUUACCUCUCUCACUCUUUUUCUACUCUUUUUCCAGUUUCUAGUUGGAACAUGAAGGCCAUGAAGCCUCUGUUUCUCCUCUGCUCCAUCUUCCUCCUCCUCCUCCUCCUCCUCCCUCUCCAUGUUCUGGCUGACUGUGAGUGCACCACCAACCCCGAAGGCCAAGACACACAGGAGGCUCUAAAGCUGAAGUUUAUAGCCAUUGCUUCGAUUCUAACAGCAGGUGCGGCUGGAGUCCUCAUUCCGAUCCUCGGGAGGUCGGUCGCAGCCCUCCGACCGGAGAACGAUGUGUUCUUCGUAAUUAAGGCCUUUGCGGCCGGUGUCAUACUUGCGACCGGGCUAAUUCACAUCCUUCCGGCCGCCUUCGAGAGCUUAACAUCGCCUUGUCUGAAGGAGGACCCAUGGCAUCACUUCCCGGUCGCCGGGUUUGUGGCCAUGCUAUCGGCCAUCGGGACGAUGGUGGUAGACUCAUUUGCCACCAGCUACUAUAGAAGGUCUCACAUCAGCAAGGCGCGGCCGGUGGAAGAAGACGAGGGGCGGAAUGGCGACGAGGAGUACUCGGCGGACCUUGCCGAACACGUGCAUGUCCACACGCACGCCACCCAUGGCCACGCUCAUGGCUCCGUGCCGGUCUCACCGGAGGAGGCCUCACUCGCUGAAAGAAUCCGGCACCGGAUUAUUUCCCAAGUUUUGGAGUUGGGCAUUGUAGUACAUUCUCUGAUUAUUGGUAUUUCUCUGGGUGCUUCUGAAAGACCCUCCACCAUCAGGCCUUUGCUGGGAGCCCUGAGUUUCCAUCAAUUCUUUGAAGGUAUAGGACUUGGUGGAUGCAUAGUUCAGGCAAAUUUUAGAGCUAAGGCGACGGUGGUCAUGGCAGUCUUUUUCUCCCUCACUGCUCCAAUUGGCAUUUCAUUAGGGAUUGCAAUAUCAUCUAGCUAUGAGGAAAAUAGCUCAAUUGCCCUUAUUGUUGAGGGAAUUUUCAAUUCUGCCUCUGCUGGAAUUUUAAUUUAUAUGGCCCUCGUUGAUCUCUUGGCAGCUGAUUUCACGAACCCUAAGAUGCAAAAUAAUGGGAGGCUUCAACUAGGAACACAUCUUGCCCUUCUUCUUGGUGCAGGUUUAAUGUCCAUUAUUGCUAAAUGGGCUUAGAAUUAUUGGCAAAGGCAAUUAGGAUCAUGUCAAUUUCCUAUAUAUUGAGGCUAAUCCAACAGUUUUUUUCCAUA